ACAAAAGACUACCUCAACACAUCAUGUUGCCGCUAGUGUAAAUGUAACGAGAGAAGGGGUACUCGGCUAGGGCAGAGUACACUUUUACAGUGUAUAAGAUCGCCGGAUGGUAAUACGUGCCGGUUAUUCAAUUUACUGAGCUGUCGUUAUAUACUUGAAAAGUUUGAAGUGCGUGAACGCGGUGUUAAUUAUCUCAAAUUGUUAAUACGCGCGUACAAUGCCGUUUGUGCUGUCUGAAAGUUUGUCUCGAGUGUCAUGGCCGAGCAAUGAGAGUAUUCAUGCCGGGAGUUCUUCAAGCGGUUCCGGCAUACAAAGCCCUUCAUCAUCUCCAACUUCUUUUUCUCCAAUCUCUUCUUCGCCUGAUAAUACCCUUAGAAAGAGAUUUCGAAGAGCAUCCAGCUUGGGAAGUGUAAUACAAGAACCAUUCGUUAUUAGAUCAGAUAUGAGGGACUCCAGAAGUCAAAGUCCUACUUUAAGUUUUCACGAAGAAGACGAAGAUGAUUUUUUAUACAAUUUGCUUUCGAAACUAAUUGGAUGGUAUCCGUGUUUUCUUCUACGCUUAGUGAAAGCGAUAUUUAUAGCUGUUCUACCACAAGCUUGGCGGCAAUUGAUUUUCGCUCUUCCCAUGCUAUGGAUAUCGAUGUGGUUAUGGUGUUUUACGCAAUUGAUGCAGCUACCGUUGACUAUUAUCAAAAUUUGUCUAUCCAUACUAUUAUCUCCGAACACAUCUAAGAAUAGUAAAAAGAGAACGGUACUGAUAAGUGGUGGAAGUACAAUACAAGCACUUCAUUUAGCAAGAAAUUUUUACUCAGCUGGAGCAAGAGUUGUUGUUUGCGAAGUAGAAGGCCUUUUUGCUCUUGCGAAGUAUUCCACGGCUGUAAGCAAAUUCUACACUGUUCCCAGACCAACCAGCGAUAAGCAACAAAACUACGUGCGAGCUCUAUGUGAAAUCGUCGAUAAAGAACAGGUUGUCUACUUUAUUCCCGUUGCAGCAACAACUCCAGCAUACUACGAUGCCGUAGCCAAACCACAUUUAGAACUUUUGGGGUGUAGCUGUUUUUGUCCUGGAAUUAGAGAAGUUUGGGUUCUAGAUGACACUCUAGAAGUCUUAAAACGCUGCCAAAAGAAUCAAAUAACUACACCACUAUACCAUGUAAUAACUUCAAAAGAUGAUGUUUAUAAAUUGUACGAUACCGGAGCGAUCCGAAGAGGACUGUAUGUUAUGUCUACAGCUGGACCAAGAGGUUUACGCGAACGUUCUAAAAUUUUACUUCCGUUGUGCAGAAGCGAUUUGAAGAUCCCCAAUGAUAUAAGUGAGCAAAAGCCGUGGGUUGUAGUGCAGAAUUUAGAAGGUAAUCACUACUUAACUUGCACCACUGUUAAAGAAUCACAGGUAAUAGCUAACGUGACGUGUAAGAUGAACAAAAAUAAUAAUGAACUAGUUCCGGAGGAGAACAAAGAUAUUAACCAGUGGCUUACUAAUUUUUUUAAUAAAAUUAACUUAUUAAGACCCAUAUCGGGGCAUAUUAGUUUUAGAUUCGUUCUUUGUAAAGAAUCUGGUAGUGUUAUACCUUUAAGUAGUCGCGUGGGAGUAUCUUUACCGUAUAUUUGCUACACAAACGUUCAUCCUAGACUCGUUUGGAAGCCAUGUCGGCAUUUUAGCAGACAAAAUUCCGGGCCACUAAUAAAUGGCAACGGUGUUUACAAGAUGCCACCCACUGUAAUGCAUACUGUGAGUAAUCCAUCUAUUGAAUCUGUAACGAGGCUGAUAGGAACAGUUUUAGACAGACGGGAGGCUCUGUUUGCUAUGUGGGAUCCUCUGCCUUAUUGCGCGUACUAUCAUAUGCAAUUGCCCUUUAAAAAUGUUUUGGGGUUUGUUAGGAAGCAACAAGAUAGUUUUCCAAGGCCAAUGACGACAGCGGUGCGAUAAAGAAUCACUUCCUUUUUUCUCAAUAGGAGAGAGAUAUAAGCCUGAUGUGAUAAAAACAAUUAAAUAAUUAUUAAUGAAGAAACUCUAUAUUUAUUUUUCGUAUGUCACAAUGUAUGCAGUGUAUGUUUAAACAACAUUAUAAAAAUAUUUUAUAAAUAGGUUUAAUCUCAUUCUCGAAGACGUGUUUGUUGUUACAUAUAUUGUACAAAUUUAUUAUAAAUUCUCAUUUUGUUUUAAUUUUUUUAUGUUUCAAUGAGUUCGCAUAAAAAAUACUAGUACGUUACAUUAACUGUAGAUGAACCACGUAGGUACAAAUGUAUCGACUUCUUAAUGUCCAUAAUUAUUUUCUUUAAAUGUUAUUUUUUAUCUACCACGUUAUAUUGGUACUUUUAUAUCAUGUUUGUAUAUUGAACUGCUUUAUAAAAUAAAUAUAAUAUUUAUUUCGAAAUAAAUGCAAUGUU